UCAACAAGAAACUGAAAUACAGCUUGACUUGCAGAGCAAGCCUAACCAGACGAUCUCUCUUGCUUUCACUAUUUCCUGUAAUUGGAGGCCAUCUUGUAUGAACAAGCCUUGAGAUACAAACUUUAUUUUUUAAUCUUUCUUCUUUUUGUCUUUUUUCCCCUGUUGUGUGUUUCCUGUUGAAGUUUGGACUUUCUCCUCUUCAGAGCAGCUUUGGAAUAGGAAGACAGAGAAAGAGGGGGACCCUUAGAAGGCUGAGGAGGAGGGGGCAGGGCUUUCUCCAUGAAAGCUGACUUCAUCUUCCCUUUUUCUCACCUGCACACUCUUGGAAAUGUAAAGUGCAGCAUUUUGGGACGUGAAGAGAACACAAGAAGCAACAAGUUGCACUUCCUGGAAAGGGAUCUCUCCUCCCUUACCCUGGACCUCCUAGAAGAUACGCAGUGGACUGCAACAGUUUACGAGCGAGUGAACUGUGUUGGAGUGUAGGUGUGUACUUCGUCCUCCCUCAUACCCCUAGUGCUUGCCUCCUGCCUGCCUGGCUUUAAGUCUUCAGAAUGGCCAAUGGCAGUCCUGCUAUGCCUUCAGGACCACUGUCUCAGGUGUUCUUUCCAGCUGGCGGGCCUUCUCCCCCUGGAUCAGUGGUGAUACAAAAUGCCACCCAGAUUUCACUGCCUGCUACUCACACAGCAGGGUUCCCUUCUAUGGACACAGGGGUAUCCCAGGGCUCCAGUGGUGCUUCCAAUAUGUCCUUGAUGCCUUCGACACCAGCUGGUGUCUCCUUCAUCAUCCAGAUAGGACUGACCAGAGAGUCUGUGCUUCUGCCUGUAACAGCGGAUCUGGCCUAUGUCAAACAGAUCGCCUGCUCCAUUGUGGAUCAAAAGUUUCCUGAAUGUGGCUUCUAUGGGAUCUAUGAUAAAAUUCUACUUUUCAAGCAUGACACAAGCACCAAUAACAUUCUGCAGCUGGUCAAGGUUUCAGCUGAUAUCCAGGAGGGAGAUCUGGUGGAGGUGGUUCUAUCUGCGGCUGCUACUUUUGAGGAUUUCCAGAUUCGUCCGCAUGCUCUCAACGUGCACUCCUACCGUGCCCCGGCCUUCUGUGACCACUGUGGGGAAAUGCUCUUCGGACUGGUCCGACAAGGGCUGAAAUGCGAUGGUUGUGGGCUGAACUACCAUAAACGCUGUGCUUUUAGCAUUCCUAAUAACUGCAGUGGAGCAAGAAAGAGACGCCUGUCCACCACAUCUCUGAACAGCAGCCAGUCUCUGCGUCUGUCUACCACAGACUCUCUCAGCAAUAUUAGCGUUAGCACAACCUCUGAGGAAGCAAACCUCAUCCGCUCGCACACACAAAUGCCCCGGACUGCCAGCGAGGCACGGCGGUUCUACACCUGUCGGCCCGUCCACCUGGACAAAAUCCUGAUGAGUAAAGUGAAGGUGCCACACACGUUUGCAGUGCAUUCCUACACACGCCCCACUGUGUGCCAGUACUGCAAACGACUCCUGCGUGGUCUCUUCCGCCAGGGCCUACAGUGCAAAGACUGCAAGUUCAACUGUCACAAACGAUGUGCAUACAAGGUGCCCAAUGACUGUCUAGGGGAAACUAUUGGAGAUAUGUUGAGUCCAAGCCCAGAUCUGGAGGUGCCGAUGGACUACAGCAGUGAGUAUUCUGACUCGGACAAGUCCUCUCUGAUGGAUGACUCAGACGAAGCUUGCAGCAUCCCCGGGUCCUUCUCCCCAGACAACAGCCAAGACGGAGCCAGUGGAGACCAAAGUGCUAAUAUUCCCCUGAUGAGAGUGGUGCAGUCAGUGCGGCACACCACACGCCGCUCCAGCACGGCUAUUAAAGAGGGCUGGAUGGUGCACUACAGCAACAAGGACACGCUGAGGAAGCGACACUACUGGCGUCUGGACUGCAAGUGUAUUAUCCUGUUCCAGAAUGACACCACUAACAAAUAUUACAAGGAAAUUCCACUCUCUGAGAUUCUAGAAGUACGUCCAGCGGGUGACUUUACCUUCAUGCCCAGUGGUGCUAGCCCUCACUGCUUUGAGAUUGUCACAGGCACAAUACGCUACUUUGUGGGCGAGGACCCUAACCCCACCCCCUCCCAGUCAUCCAGCAUAUCAGGCCCCUCCUCACUCAACAGUGUGGUGCCCAAUAGUGGGAUGGGGUUAGAAGUUGCCAAAGCAUGGGAGAGUGCCAUACGCCAGGCCCUGAUGCCUGUCAUUUUCCAGGACAACCCACCAGCUGAAGGCAGUACCCCUCACAGACAGGCAUCAGUCAGUAUUUCAGUGUCUAACAGUCAGAUCCAGGAGAAUGUGGAUAUAGGCAUGGUGUAUCAGAUAUUUGCUGAUGAAGUUCUGGGUUCUGGCCAGUUUGGAGUAGUGUAUGGCGGUAAGCACCGGAAGACUGGAAGGGAUGUGGCAGUGAAGGUGAUUGACAAGCUUCGAUUUCCCACCAAACAGGAAAGCCAACUGAGGAAUGAGGUGGCCAUACUCCAGAGUCUACGUCAUCUGGGCAUAGUAAACUUGGAGUGCAUGUUUGAAACUCCUGAGAAGGUGUUUGUUGUGAUGGAGAAACUGCAUGGAGACAUGCUAGAGAUGAUCCUGUCAAGUGAGAAAGGACGGCUGCCUGAGAGACUCACAAAGUUUCUCAUCACACAGAUUCUGGCUGCUUUAAGACACCUUCACUUUAAGAAUAUAGUGCACUGUGACUUGAAACCUGAGAAUGUGCUCCUAGCUUCUGCAGAACCCUUCCCACAGGUGAAGCUGUGUGAUUUUGGUUUUGCAAGGAUCAUAGGGGAAAAGUCUUUCCGGCGCUCCGUGGUAGGCACUCCUGCUUACCUUGCCCCUGAAGUUCUGCUGAACCAGGGCUAUAACCGUUCCCUCGACAUGUGGUCUGUUGGUGUUAUCAUGUAUGUCAGCCUAAGUGGGACCUUCCCCUUUAAUGAAGAUGAAGAUAUCAAUGAUCAGAUCCACAAUGCUGCCUUCAUGUAUCCGCCCAAUCCCUGGAAACAAAUAUCUCCAGAAGCUAUCGACCUCAUCAAUAACCUGCUUCAGGUGAAGAUGAGAAAACGCUAUAGUGUGGACAAGAGUCUCAGUCAUGCCUAUUUACAGGACUAUCAGACGUGGCUGGACCUGAGAGAGCUGGAGUCGAAGCUGGGAGAACGUUACAUAACCCACGAAAGUGAUGACGCCCGCUGGCAGAUGUUUGCUGAGGAGCACACACUGCCUUACCCAGCUCACCUGAUACCUGCACCACCCGCCUCAGAUGACGAGCAGGAGGGGGUUGAUGACACGGAUAUGCAGGGGCUAACAGAGCGUGUCAGCAUCCUUUGAGGAAGUGUGGAGGAAGCCAGCUGGACAGCUGCUGGAGAGGGUGUGCAUUCCCAAUUUUUGGGGAAGGGUUUAAGUAGGUAUAAGUGAUUGGCCCCCUCUGCUCCUUUCAUUAGCAAAGCCUGACAAUAGGAUCUUUCCUCUCUACAAUCCUACUCUCACACUCCUAAGACGUGACAGCUGUGCCUGUCUGAUAGUGAUAAGGCAGUGGAGACCUUCACAAUCACAUCAUAGGCUUGGACUCAAAUGGUAUAGUUACAUUGUUACAUAGUGAGUAGAGUGAAAGUAGAUGUUUUUUUCCAUGUCUGAUCUUUCCUUACUUGAGCUGCAGGAGACAAAGAGGAAUUAAAAAAAUAAAACAAAGUAUAAAGUAUAAAUCUGUACAGUGCAAAGAUUUAAAAAUAUACCUUUCAUUUAUGCAUUCCUUACCGAUUCAGUUCAUAUUGGUGAGCCUAUGUUCUCAUACUAUAAUAUGGAAUACAGUGCUGCUGAUUUAGUGGUUUUCAUUGAAUCACUUUUUAAAUAAUGAAACAUCUUCCAAAUCUGUUCCAAUGAACAGAUCCUGACAUUGCAAACUGGAGGACUGUGUGGCGAUUCAGUACAAUAAAAAUCACUGUUUGUGCAUGACAAUACAUUGGUUCAUCUUUUUCAUGUGGGACUGCCUUUUCAUCAGUUUCUGUUGGCAGUGAGUGAGCUUUUUCAAUGGAUUUUGAACAACAGACUAGUUGAACUCCCCCUCUGUUGUAUGUAUGAUACUUGUAACUGUCUCUAGAUCAGCUUCAUGUGGCAGUUUUAUUGAAGUUUUAUUGAAGGACUGUUUUGUACAAAUGCACGACAUUUAAGGAAAUAAAAGGAAUGUAGUUCUGUUAUUAACAUCCAGUAUACAUAAUAAAUACAGUGGUCUA